UCAAUAUAACCUAACUUUUAGGUUAGGUUAUUUUGUGAACACAGAUUGUUGUUAAAAACUAAAAGAUGCCGUAUAAAUAUAUUGGUAGGACGCACGAUUUAGUCGGCAAGUCAUUAUGGGAAAUCGUUGGCAACUUGAAAAAUUUCGGCGUUGGCCGUAUUGUUACCCGGAGCAGAUUUGAGCGAUAUCCGGAACCCACAUACAUGAAAAUCAUUAAAGUCGAGACGUUACCUAAUCCCGAAAAGCCCAGUUUAGACAACACCAGAAAAGUGAAAGUGUGGGUGGAGAAAGUGUUUCGAGGAGUAAAGCAUCCUAAACCUGUACUAAUAGAAUCAGCCAGUUAUAAACCUGACUACAAACUAAUACCAAAGGAUCAGGAAGAGUCCUAUUGUAGAUUGUCAGAAGUUAAAGAUAAAUCUGCCAAAAUCCUCCCCAAAACUCUAGAAUUACCACCAAUUUUAGCUGAAUUGAUUAAAAGAGAUAUUUUAGCCAAGGGAGAGAAAAUUACAGAACAACCAACAAUUGAAGCUGUGUAUAAUAAAUCUAUGAACAAUUCAAACUAUAGAAUUGCAAAGGAUGGUGAAAAACCUACUGUUUCAAUACCAGUUGGUUUGGGCACUCCUGUUUCACCUGGUUUAUAUGCAGAUGUUAAAUUGUAAAUGUAAAUAAAUAUAUUGUAGGUUGUAAAAA